AUGCCUCGAGAUCCAUUGAUCGGAUUAGUGGGCAAGCCAUCAAGUGGAAAAUCCACAACCUUGAACAGUUUGACUGAUGCGACAUCCAAAGUCGGCAAUUUCCCUUUCACAACGAUUGACCCCCAGCGCGCUAUCGGAUAUCUACAAAUCGAAUGCCCCUGCCAGAGACAUGGCGUUUCAGACAAAUGCGCACCGAAUUACGGUGGUUGUCAUGAAGGACGCCGCUCUGUUCCCAUCGAGUUGCUGGACGUAGCUGGACUUGUCCCAGGCGCACACCAGGGUCGAGGACUAGGAAACAAAUUCUUGGAUGAUUUGCGACAUGCGGAUGCUUUAAUUCACGUGGUCGACGUGAGUGGUACCACCGAUGCAGAGGGCAAAGCUACACGCGGGUACGACCCUUCAGUGGAUAUCGAAUGGCUACGAUCCGAGAUCGUGAGAUGGGUGCUGGGCAACUUGAUGGAGAAAUGGGGUUCGAUUAAGCGACGACAUAUCGCAACAAAGGGAAACCCCGUCGACACAUUACAAGGCCAGUUCUCAGGUUACGGAAGUACCCCGAAAACUGUCGGUCGAGUCCUUGAUACGCUUAACAUGAAGGAGCCUUUGGAACUUUGGUCAGACGAAACUGUCAAGCUCGUGGUUGAGACUUUCAUCGAUGAGAAGUUCCCUACGGUCUUUGCGUUGAACAAGAUUGACCACCCAGAUGCCGAUAAGAAUGUCAGCAAGAUCGCGAAAAUGCAAGAUCCACAGAGCAUUGUGCUUUGUUCAGCGAUAUCAGAAGUCUUCCUACGGCGACUAGCUAAACAAGGGUACAUCAAGUAUGUUGAAGGUAGUGAGUUUGUAGAUACCCGGGAGGAUUUGAUUGAGAUGGGCGAGGAAGAUGGAGGAGGUCUGAAAGAAAUGGACGAAAAGUUGAAGACUCGAGUGGAAAACUUAAAAGACAUGGUGUUAUAUCGAUUUGGAUCAACUGGUGUGGUUCAAUGUCUUUCGCGAGCUGCAGAACUGCUGGGUCUGGUACCCAUUUUCCCAGUGCGCAAUGUCGCAACUUUCAACUCUGGAGCUGGAACAGCAGUUUUCCGUGAUUGCGUUCUGGUCAACAAGAAUAGUACAGUUGGAGACGUGGCCCGGAAAGUCAUGGGCGAUGUGCCGAUUUCCUAUAUUGAAGGAGUUGGAGGCACUCGAGUAGCGGAGGAGGAUAUUGUUGCAGUGGGUAAACACGAUAUCUUAUCAUUCAAAGUGGGCCGAUAA